AUACAGUUGCAUAAAGUUAUUUCCCCUUAGCUUAAGACUUUUUUCAAAUUCGUUGCUAUUAUUAUCUUUGAUGAAAUACGGAUGAAUAUUCCUGUUAGUAAUUUGAUAAAUCAAUAUAUAGAUCUAUUAUUUUAUAAGAAUGGUUAUAGAGGUUGGCUCACUUCCGCUCCAAGGACCUCUCUAACUCAUACGCAUUGCAGACUGCUCUAAAUAACAGCUUUGUCGAGAAAGGUCUAUUAUGCUACUUCAGAGCAGAGGAGCUAUUCAUGUUGAAUACAAUGUUGGAUGAUGAAAUGCGUCUGAACAAUGAAGGAGUAAAGAAGACCCUAAUAACAACUGCAGGGUACCAGGAGGGUGAUCCGGAACUCUAUUUCUUGAAUCCAGACCAGGUGUUUGAGAUGAGAAGUGGAAAGCUGGUUGAUCCAGAAAGUACAUCCAUGAUCUGGAUACCAAACUGGAAUGCUGUAAGUGCAGGCCUACCUAGAGCAGAACUGUGCCAUGUGAUACAAGUGCCAACCUCUUUGGGACCGUUCCAGGUGUUCCUUGACAAAGCCAGAGAUGUACUGUCUAACAACUUCGCUUCCAGCAUUGCUAGCAUGGGCCUCAAUGCUAAUGUGUUUAGGUACUCUUGGACAAUGAAACAUAUCCGUCACUUCAAUCUCCCCAAAUGUUGUUUGGGGUUCCCAGUGUUGGAAAACGCUAGUGGCUACAUGUGGCGCUUGGCUAACUGGAUGCCAGGAGACACAGAUCUCUUCAAGAUGCACCUUACCCUUCCUCAUACAGAGGCUUAUAUCAUCAUCCAUGCCUUUCAUCUGGGACGACCCUACCAAUCCAGAAGAAGUCGGACAACUGGCUGUUGAUCUUGGCAAUGGUGCAGUGAGAGGGAAACUGACUGAAAUGCCGCAGGUCCCACUUACCGGUUGUCUGGUGACAGCCAAUUUUGAUCUCACUUCAGUUGCAAGGUAUAGCAGCAGGCUCUGCAUCUUGAAGAUGAACCCAAAAGUUGGCCCAAAACAACCAGGGGUAGCGAGUGAAUUAGAGGCCCUAGCAGUGUCUGCGUCAGCUGCGUUGCCCAUUUUAUUACAGACUGUGUACACAAUGACACCAGGGGAGAUACACGCAACCACACGAACAUUAAUGGACACCGUGCCAUGUGACCUCCGUGUGGUGGAAGGUCUGUCAGUGCCACUGACAGCCGCGAAGAAGUUACUUGAGAGAGCAGGAAGAUCUGAAUUACUUCCGGAUGUACAAGUGUACCUGGAGCAAGUUCUGUUUCCGUACAUCAGUGAUACCAUGCCUGGUAGUGACAGUGUGCCCAACAUUAUUAUUGAGAAGAUGUUAAACUAUGAGGACCAGAUCUUCCAGAACACUGACUUGAAAGGCGAUGAGAUCAGGGUCAUCAGGGCAUUCCUCGUGGAAGUCUUGAUGUCCAGGGAAGGUGUUGAAGAGGUGGUAGAGGAAGCUGGUGUAAACAUUGCAGGAGAUGAAAAUAUAGUCACUGAAGCUGCCACGGAUGCAGUCAGUCCAGAGUUACAAAUUCAGAGAAGG